CAGCCGACGCCGCCGGCACCUCCUGCCAAUCCAGCAUGGCAGUGCACACGGUGAUCGGAGUGAUACUUGUCGUCUGGACCGCCCUGGCCGGGCGGUCCGCGGCGCAGCAGCAGCAGCCGGCCGCCCUGCCCAGCGCCACUGCCAACGAGACGUAUAGCUACAUAGCAAGAGCAGUUCAUCGAGGGCUACAGCCCAUCAUCAGCAAACUUGAAUCUCGGGUGGAGUCGCUGAACAACAGACUGACUCUGCUCGACUCUCGAGUGACGGAACUUACCACCAGUAUUUUGAGAAGCAGACAGAAUGAGCAGCUGGAAGAGCUGUCCAGUCAACUGACUGCAAUCACUGCCAGACUCAACAGCCAACAGUCACAACUGAGCGAGCUCAACGCUCAGCUGAACGAACAAAAAUCCCAACAAGAGGAGACUGCAGCCACAGUGAACAGCCUCAUAGCGAAACUGGAUACCAUCGUUACUCAGCAAGGACAUCUCACACAGACGUCUCAAGUGACUACAAGGAUCGACAGCCCGCAGUCUCAAUUGAGCGAGCUCAACACCCAGCUGAACGAUUGCAGCGACCUGCCUGUUGACUCCCCAUCUGGAGUCUACCUCCUUCUGCCCAGUGGUAACAUCAAACAACCACCCGUCCAGGCCUACUGUGACAUGGAUACUGCCGGAGGGAACUGGACGGUGAUCCAACGACGAGAUGACAUCAAACCCCACCAGGACUUCUACCUCGGAUGGACCGACUACAAGGAGGGAUUUGGUAAUGUUACCAAAGAAUUCUGGUGGGGUUUAGAACACCUAUUUCAGCUGACGUCAUCAGGCCGACGUUACGAGCUUCGUGUUGGUCUUGAGGCGUUUGACGGCAUUCGAAGAUACGCUGUAUACCAAGGGUUCAGCGUCUCGUCUGAGGUGGACGGCUACAAACUGAGCGUCUCCGACUACUCUGGAACUGCCGGGGAUGGUCUGAUGCUGAGCGUCAAUGUGAAGUUCUCUACCCGUGACCGUGACCAGGACGUCGACUCUGAAUAUCACUGUGCACAGUACUACCAGGGGGCCUGGUGGUACGGCGAGGGAUGCGGGUGGAGCAGCCUGAACGGACGGUACCGGGACGGCGGUAUUAGGAACCCGACUGGAAUAUGGUGGUGGGAGUGGAGGUUAGAUGAGUCACUGAAGAAGACCGAGAUGAAGAUCAGGCCAACGUACUAAUCUUUAUGCAGAAGAGGACGUCACAGUGAUGUAGCUACACCGGUGACAUGUGUACCGAGCCGGUGUCACGGUAUUUACUCAAACACUAACACUGUAGUAUGGUUAGAGUAUGAAGCUUUUACUUACAGGACGUUGUAUGAGGAUGCAAGUCGGCACUUUUCUGCUGAUAAAAAGCAUGAUGUGCGAUUAUCCAUGUAUACCACACAACAUGUUUCAUUAAUGUUAUCUAUAUCUAAACACAUGAGUUAUAUUUUACUCAAUGGGCCUUAUCUUUGACUUGAUGGUGCUAAUUUUUGUGUAAUACUUAUAUUU